AUCACAAAUUAACUACACAAAUUGUUCAACACCAAUCUAGAAAACUCAAGAAAAUUGAAGCAAAUCACAAAUUAUCCAUAAAUAACAUGAUUAAUCGAAAGCUUCUUCCUUUCAAUUAAGAGAGGGAUGGAGGAAGAAGACGAGGCUGGUUCGGAGAAAAAGGAUUCCUGGUUGGAUGGUCUGGUCGAUGGGUUUUGGGCUCGAUUUCGAGAAAAAGAAUCAAAUCGUGUACAACCACGUGGACCAAUCAAAUGUAGCGGCACCGGUACCGCACUUUUAACCGCGGCACCGUAGUAUUGGCCUUUUUUUUAGGUUUCAAAAGGUUUGCAAGAGAAGUACAUUGAAAUUCCCAACCCAUUAUUAUAAAAUUACCAAUAUUAUAAAUGAUGAUUGCAAAUUUUUCAUGUAUUCCCAUCCCAUCAUUAUUAAAAUUUUGAUAAUAAACAAUAAUGUGCGUUGAAAACUCGAAUCACAUAAUUUUACGCUUUACAAUUUUAUCAAAUCCAACAGUAAAUCAUGUCGGCUCAAUAUAUGGGUCGAACUUAUUAUUCCUAUAUUACUCCAGUGGAAAUAUGAAGAGAAAAAAAAUUGGAUGAAUAAUUUGAUUAACGUUUACUUGGACUAGAAAGAAGGGGGGGAAAAACACGGCAAUGAAACAGAGCCGUCAAAGGUGGCCACAUUUAUCUUGUUUCUAAGAACUACCUUCCAAACACUUCCUAAUGAUGUUUUGUUAGCCUUCCGUUCAGAUUCACGUUGAAAAGUAAGCUCCAGACAUUGUUUCCACGUUACUUCCCUCCAUAAAAAUUAAAGUUAGUGUUGAGAAUUUAAACGACAUUGACUCGUAUGAAUAACUUGAUGAUGACACGACAUUCUAUAAUAUUUAUAUAUAUUUCUUUUGAUCAUGAUUGGUAUUUCAUUUUUGAGUUGAAGUUAUCAUAUCAUAAUUAAAAUGGUGCAACUUAGGCGAUUGAAGUAGAUUUACAACUCACUUUUUAACGUUGUAAGGAACUAUGCAGUUGGAGUUGGUCAUGGUUCCAAAAUGUGUGCUUAACCUUACGCUUAAGCACGCCUAUACGAUAGACAAAAUCAAAACGCCUCGCACAGGGGUUUUGCAAAUCUAGUAAUCCAUAAGUAUAUAAUACACGAUCAACUUUGUAGUUUCUCACAAUCCAUUCAUUCAAUCCCAACAAACAAUAAGGAAAAGCCACCCACUAAUUCUAUAUUAGGGGAAUCACUUAGCGUUAAUAAAUCUAAAAAAAAUGUUCUUAAUCGAGCUUAUCCCCACCUAAACGUAUCACUAUCAUCAAAGCCCCCUCACCAAUAUUUGACCUAACCCUUUUUUUCCCAAGCACUAAUCUCCUUGCUAAUAGGAGGAUUAGGAGACGCGACCAAUUAUAUUCCUCACUUACACGUCUAUUGACUUGCUGAGUUGCCCACUUCUAGCUAAGCUAAAUUGCCUUUGCCCAAUCCCUCCAUGUUAUUAUGAUUUCAUUAAUUGCACUGCCCUUUAAUGGCUUAUUAUUAUUCUAAUAAAGCCCAUUUUGUUUGGUUCUAAUGAGCAAUGACUUUUUUGGCUAUGACGUGGGGGAGUUUUAUUAAUUAUUACGUGAUGUAUGCAUGACCACGGCCAUUGUCAUUAGAAGCAAUCAGACGAUUAUACUAUUCACCUUCAUUUGGUCUCGGUGUUCGUUUGUUGAUAGUAUUGAACUGCUCGUACGACGCAAACUCGUAUUACAAGUUAUCGUCAAGAUUCAAAUUGGCGAUCAUUAAUGAUGUUAGCACGAAACGGAUCGGCCUACGUUAGCGCAAUAGGAUUGGAAGGAAGCAUAACUAAGGAUGUGAUUAUGCAAAUUGUACAUGUAGAAGGAGGCUUUGUGUUUGUUAUUGUUCUUAAUUGUGUCGGCGCAGCAAAGCCUAUCAACAAGAAUCAAUCAUCCCUAAGCAUCUAUUCUCAAGAUACCCUUUUUAUUCUCAAGAAUAUCUUUUUUGACUGAUUUUAAUCCCCCUGGAUUUUGGUUCUCCUUGGCACUGAUUCUAUAAGAAUUUUCCCUGCACUGUUUUAGGCAUUGAGAUACAAAAAUAUCAACAUAUUUUUCUAUUGGUAAUCGAGAAAUUUCAUAUUUGGGAAUUGGGAAUCAAGAAUCUUGCUCGGGUGAUUAUUGUUUGAAAUAUAAAUGGUCAAAAACCAGUUUGUUCCAGGAAUUCGAAUUGUCGCGAGAGACUUAAUUAUGAAUCUUAUACAAUUUACUAGUGCAUCACUCGAACGAAAGUAAAUUCACAUGAGCUUGAAGUUUACACAUAUCUGCAAAUAUAAUACGCUUAACAAAUGAGGAUCGUCGAAAUUCGAAUAUAAGAUAUCGCGGUCGUCAAAAAUUCUAAUACCAUUUCAAAAAUUAAUGGAUUAAAAAAACUCGAGCUGCACACAUAGAAUACAAAUGACCAUUUAUUUGAAAGUAUAUUCAGAAAUCCAUCCAGGAACAUAAGUAAAAUUUUCAGGAACCUUAAGAAAUUAAAUAAUGAGAGCCUGCAAAAAAACCAGUCUUUAUGUCCUUUUCUCAUUUUCUCCUUGUGCAAAUUAAGGUACGAAAAAAAAAGACGAAUAUGACUUGUGAUGAGAGAGGAGGGGGGCCCAUUGGAUCUCAGGCCAGGCUUGUAUGGACCAGAAGUCCACAUUCAUUAGCAUUCAAGGCCCGUUUAACAGAAGAAAUCCAACGGUCGAAUACACGUCCUCUCGUUCGUAAGAGAGAAAAAAAAAAAAAAAAAGGUAACAAGGAAAAUUGAGAAAAGGAAAGUCAAGUUUUGGACUUCCCCCUUGGGACCAAAAUCCCACUCAAGCCAACCCUACUAUUCUCAUUACUACAUACAUAUGUAGGGGUCUUCAAACGGUUUGGUUACUAUGGUAGCCGUUUUAACUAGUAUUAUUUGGAUAAUUUGGUUUGGUUAAUUUGGAUAAUUGGUUUGGUUUGGUUUGAUUAAAGUUUUUAGCUUGUUUGGUUUAGGUGGUUUGGUUUGGUUCCAGACACUGCUAACCAGUCAAACCAAAUUAACCAGUUAAGUAAUUAGUCAUAUAUCUAACAUAUAUUAUAUACACAUACUUAAUACUUUGCAUAACCACUCAAGAGUUAACGUUCAUCCCUUUUAGACUCAAAAUAUAAAGCUCAAUAUUGCUCAUAUAGUGUAUAUUUGUAUAUGUAAAAUGCAGAUCACAACAUAUGGACGCCUAAUUUAGAUAAAUUUCAUACAUUAUGAUAGAUGAAAACUCGAAAGGAAUGUCAUUUCCAGCCUAUGAUAACUGCUAAGAGACUAAGUCAAUUUACACAAACACAACAAUUCAUUAACCCAUACCAUUGUCAUAAAUUUUUGUUAGGUGAAUACUUUUAUACUAUUCGUAUGGUAAUUGUCUUAGUUGCAUGUAUUUUUGUUAAGGGUCAACUAUAACUACGUGUUGGUUGUUAUGUUUUAUUCAUUAUAUAAAUUGCGAAUUGUUGCAUUAACCGGAAAAUUUUCAUCGUCAAUGAUAAUGUGAUUUUAUAUUGGUUAAUCUGGUUAACCAAUUAACCAAACCGAUUAAACUUUAGUUUGGUUAAUUUGGUUGUUGUAUUAGUUUGGACGGUUUGGUUAUGAUAUUGUAUUCCAUGGUUAAUGGAAUUUAGCCUUAUUUGAUUUGGUUAUAACCAUGGUAACCAUUUGAACACCCCUACACAUAUGUUCUAACCUCAUUAUAAUCUCGUAUGAUUAUCUCAAUUUCAUCUUGAUAAUCGAAUUUAGUUUAUUUCAAUUUUGUUUUGGCUGAGGAUGAAUCCUUUAUAGACAAAAAAUUUAUUUCUCAAUUUAUUAAUAAAUGAUUUAAUUUACU